ACACAAUGCGGGACUAGGCGCCGCGCGGGAGGACCGGCGGCGUGGGGGAGGCAGGGCCGGCAACUCGCGGGGGGAGCCCGAGCGCCGGGCUUGGGGGCGGGGAGCAGGCGGCGCAGGAGAGCGCCCCGAGCACCGGCGCGGGAGGAGGAGCGGGAGCGAGCAGGGGAGACAGCGCUCCCGGCCGCACCUGCGCCCGGCAGGCGGCCGGCCCUGCCCUGCCCCUGCUCGCGGCCCCGGCCCCGGCCCCGCACCGGAACAUUCCUUUUAAGGUGUGGAUAAUUUCUGACUUGUCAAACUCUCAGCUCCCUUUGUGGCAACACCUGGCUAAGGAGGGAAUGUCGGAAGGGAUACUGAUGCUCUGAGCAAGAAGAAACUCAGCCUUACUGACCAGGGACAAAUGGAAGCCACCCAUCCACUAGCCGAGGAUCAGCUGAGCCCUGGGGCUGAUGCUUGCCCACACUGUUGAGAAUGGCACCGAGGCCCAGCCAGGCACCGGGACAAAGGUUAACCCGGGACACUCCUGGACAGUGAUCCUGAUGUCUGUUCGGAGCCGCGCACUCAAGGGUGUGAUAACCCCAGUCAGCGCCAUGGCUUCCGCCGAGCCCCUGACGGCGCUGUCCCGCUGGUACCUGUACGCCAUCCAUGGCUACUUCUGCGAGGUGAUGUUCACGGCGGCCUGGGAAUUCGUGGUGAACUUUAACUGGAAGUUCCCGGGGGUCACGAGCGUGUGGGCGCUCUUCAUCUACGGCACGUCCAUCCUCAUCGUGGAGCGCAUGUACCUGCGCCUGCGCGGCCGCUGCCCGCUGCUGGUGCGCUGCCUCAUCUACACGCUCUGGACCUACCUGUGGGAGUUCACCACCGGCUUCAUCCUGCGCCAGUUCAACGCCUGCCCCUGGGACUACUCCCAGUUCGACUUUGACUUCAUGGGCCUCAUCACCCUGGAGUACGCCGUGCCCUGGUUCUGCGGGGCCCUCAUCAUGGAGCAGUUCAUCAUCCGCAACACCCUCCGCCUCCGCUUUGACAAGAACGCCGAGCCCGGGGAGCCCAGCGGCCCCCUGGCCCUGGCCAACGGCCACGUCAAGACUGACUGAGCUGGGGGAGGGGGGUGGGCUGGGAGGCUCUCAUGGAUCCUGUGGACAAGGGUACCAAGCUGGUAGGGUUGCCCCCUCUGUACAGCACAAGCCCUGCCCCGUAGGGCACACGGAGCCCCCGUGCCCCACCCCCCGCCACCGUGGGCGGGCGUUGGGGGCGUGGUCAGGCGUUGGGGGCGGGGUGUGGAGGCGGCAGGGGCACUUCGGGUAGGGUCUGUGGAUCUCAGCCCAGCUCAGGGGCGGGAGGCCUGUGGCUACACAGGGACGGGACUACGUGGGUGACUUUGGAAGCAGCAGGCCCUGUCCUGACUAAGGGACACAGAGUGGAGCAGAAGGUGGGAGGCAAAGCCUGAGGAGGCUUUGGGCUGCUGCGGGGGCCACCUGCCUCCCUCUCACCUGGUUUAGUUGGGCUUCAGCUGGUUCCAUUAGGCAAUAUUCAGGUGCUUGCUUGCAACCAAUACCUCCCCCAGGGGCCUGCUGAGCUGCAGCCUAAGAAGAGACUGGGCAGCCAGGAGGCUGCUGGGCGGGAGUGCUGGUCUGCAAGGGCUGGGAGGUCUUCCCUUGGCUCCUUUCCCCUCCCCCAGGGUCCCACGCUGAUCCCUUGGCCUUCGGGGGCUCCCCCCCUGGUGCUGGAUUCCCACCAACCUUGGGCUUUGGGAGGUUUCAAUCCCUGUGUGUCCGGCAGCAUUUCCCCCUUUUCUCUUAUUUUCAAAGCCUUUACCACUAGCAGCCCCUUUAUCCAUGUAAGCACCCCACCUGCCCCACCCACAACUCCCUAGGCAACACAGCAGCUGCCAGAGAUAGAGCCCUGAGCAGACCCCUCCCACCCUCUUGCAGCCUUCCCUCCACUAUUGUCGAUGGCCCGAUUCCUGAGAAGUCCCCCCUUAUGCCUCCCCACCUGCCCCGGUCUGGGGGAUUGUGGCAGGGCCCCUGGUGCUCACCUCCUUGCAGUGGCUAAAAACGAAUGAUACCCCCAACGCAGAGUCAGGCCAUCAUGGGCCCCAUGGAUCCACAGUGGGGACCUAGAGACAAAUCAGUGUGAAGGGGGGAAGUUGGGCAGUAAAGGUACCUGACUGGUUUAUUUUCAAACCAGCCGGGGCAGUCUAGCUUUCUAGGUGGUGGAGGAGCCGGUAUGCAGUGGUGGAGAGUCAUGGAGACUGAGGGAGGGAGAAAGAGAGAGCCUUUCAGCUUUGGGAGGGUCUUCGAAGCAUCCUUAGUGGGAAUGGGUCAGUACUGGUUCUGCCAUAGCCCCAGCCCUGCAGCAAAACCUCCUCAGGGCUACCCCGUCCUCGGCCCUCCCAGAAAGGCUGACCCACUGAGCUUGCUCCUUAAACAGUAUUAACUCUGCCGUGCUCAUGGGCAUUGUCCUCUCGGUUGCCCCGCCUUCCUCAGUGACAGGUCCAUUGCUGGCAGUAGACAGGUGAAAUCCUAACUCCAGCCCACUUCCAGCUCUGCCCCCUCCCUGAGUGGAGGGGUCCAUCAGAACACAGCCUUUCCCACGGUACAUGGUCUCUUCUUGACCACACUAUGACCCUUAGGUAGAAAUCAGCCUUUCCCUUUUUAUAGAACAUUAAAAGUGAUAAUACCACCUGUGGAGAGAAUCUCCUCUUCUUGCUGUACUGCUCCACCUAGACUGUGCAGACAGCACCAGCUAGGGCACAGGCCAGGGUGGGGAUGCGGGGGGGGUGGGCAGGGGUGGUGUCCUGGAUUGGGAGAAAGGCUGGGAGACUCUGCCUUUGGCAGGGUUGUGUUCUGCAGUGACCCUGUCCAGGACAGUUUGAAGGGCGAUCCCCAGCCUCUACGUCCUGGGCAGGCUCCUCCAGUCUAGGCACAACCUACAUUCUGCAGGGGUUAACCCUACCUUUGAUUUUACUGUGGCCCCAAUUCCAGGGCUUUGGGGCUUCUAGGGGUUCAGCCUUCCAGUGGGGGUCAAUUGCUUUCCAUCUACAGGUGGAGGGGAUUCCAGAGGAAGAAUAGUGUCUGGUUCCCGGUUCUGUCAGUAAUUGUUUCCUCGGUCUUCUCCCCUUGAUCCACAUUAUCUCGGUCUCCUGGACCCCACUACCCCUCUAAGCCCCUUGGACCACACUACUCACCUUUGCUCUCCCCUCCACGACAGAAUCUGGUGGUCAGCUUGUUGAUGUCUCCCAGCCCAAGGCCUCCAUGAUUCUCUGCCAGGGCAAGCCCUUGGGUGGCCCACUGGGUCUGGCCGCUCCAGAGGUUGCCCUGUCUGUUCCCUGGCACUAUCUCUCGGGGCCCUACAAAAACUCCCAAGUGCGAGAGGUCCCCGAGUAAACCUGCCUGCCUGGCAACGUGCAGAGCACUGUACUUCUGCUUCAUCCAGGUGCCCUGAGGCUCCUAUUCUCCCUUAUAGGGGACAGAGCCCCUAGCAAAGGGAGGUGAUGACCUGGAGCUUGACCACGGGAUCUGUGUGUCUUCAGGGCCCCAAUCCCAUAGUGCCCAAGGACUCAAAGUUUGGAGUAAUCCCAGCCCUGCAAAGCAGAGAAUCUGCUCACUUUUUAUGAACCUCUGGUGUCCUGGGCCUCUCUCCACAGGACAUGGCAGCAUCUCUGAGUCACAGAUCGCCAUGUGCUGCCCUGCAUGGUUGAAUCGCUUCUGACAUCUGCUAGGCAUCCUGUCCCUUGUGCCGUGUCCCCCCCCCCCCCCAUGCCAGUGAGUCACAAUGGUCUAUGCUUAUUCACAGCAAUAAUACCUAGGGAGUGCCCAUGAAGUCCUUUUGUCCUGGUCCCUCGCUUUCUGCAUGGGUCUCCUGGGGAGGCAGCCACUGAGUGGGUCAGUUAGGAGAACCUGUAUUUAUAGAGCUCUGGGCUAUGCAGACACCACCACAGGGGAUGCAGAAAAUUGGGAGGCUCAGGCCUGGAGGGCUUACGGCUAAGGCAGGGAAAGCACCUUCCACUCUGAGGCCACCCCAGGCCUGGAGGAGCGGCAGGUCCCUGCUCUACAAAAGGGGCUUUGAGGCGGGUGGGACUGUCUCCCAGCUAUGACACCUCUUCGGAAGGAUACAUGCCUGGUUUGUGCACCCUGCCUGCUCUGUCUCCAUUGGUCUCUUUGUCUCUUUCUUUUCACAUUCAUGCACACAAAAUAUACCGGUGUUUGUGUUCCAGGA